AUGAAUUUUAAGGAUAAAUUAAAAAAUAAUCUUACAGUAUCACCAAGUGGUAGUAAAGAGGAUAUUAAAAUCAGUUAUCAAAUUAAAAUUGUUAAGGUUACAGGAUUAUCAAAGAGUAGUUAUGCACCAUUAUUAAUAUCUUGGAAAAGAGGCAGCAAAAAAGAAAAUACUGGUGAACUUAAAACUAUUCCAAGAGAAGGAGAGGCUAUUGUAGAUCACAACUUAAAUAUUAAUGCAACCAUCACUAAAACUCCAAAGGGUUUUUUGGAAAAAACUAUACUCUUUACAGUCAAAGAAGAAAAAAUUGGUAAAAAACCAAAUCUCCUUGGUACUAUUAGUGUAAAUUUAGCUCAAUAUGCUGAAAGUAAAACCGAAAAAACACAUCCAUUCCCAAUUCAAGAUAAAACUAAAGUAGUUUGCAAUUUAUAUUUAUCUAUUCAAUCAUCAUGGUUAAGAGUAAAUGGUAAAUCAUUAGUCAAGGCUGAAGGUAAUCAAAAAGAAAUUCUUCAAGAGCUUGGUAAACAAAAAUUCUCACAUGAAGGUAAUGAUUAUUUCCUCCAAACCGAACAAGAUAUGAGUGAACCUGAUCAAACUGAUUUCGGUGACCAUGAUUCUGAUAACGAAGAAGAACAUGUCGAUUUUGAUGAUGACUCUAAUGAUAAAUCAAAUGUUUCAACUUUAUCAAGAAAGAGUAGUUCAAGUUCAAUCGAUAAAGAAUCAUUACAUAGUGGCAGUGGUACUCCAUCAAAAGAUACACAUAGUGAUAGCACAACUUCAACUACAACUACAACACCAUUACCAUUAAUUAAAGAAUCAUCAGAAAAGGAUUUAACAUUAGCUGCAGCAAAUUUAAAGCUUAAAAAAUAUAAAAAACAAAUUAAACAGUUAACUGCAGAUUUAGAGAAAACCAAAACUGCAUGCAACGGUUUAACCAAAGACAGAGAUGAAAAAGUUGAAGAAAUAAAGAAAAUGUUAGAUGAUAUGGAAACAAUCAAGGAUCGUUCAAAAUCAGUUGGUAACGGCGUAAUUGCAGAUUAUACAAAGCAAAUUGAUACAUUGAAUGAUAAAUUAGCCGCUAUCAAUAAAGAUAAUGAAAAUUUAAAGAUUCAGCUUCAAAGAGAGCGUAAUCAAUCAUCUCAAGAUUCAAACCAAGUCACAGUAUUACAAAAUCAACUUAUUACAGUAAAUUCUCAAUUAAACACCAUCCGUAACGAAAAUACUCAACUUAAUGGCACAGUUAGAAACUUAGAGGCUCAAUUAAGAGAAUCAUCAUCAAAUAAACCUGAAGAGCUUCAAAAUGCACUUGCCACUGUUCAAAACCUCCAUUUGGAAUUGAACCAACUUAGAGGACAAAUCGCUCAAACUACCGAAGAAAAUAGAAGCCAAUUCAUUCAAUUAGAACAAGAAAGAUUAAAAUCAAAUUCAAGUGAAUCAAAUAUUAAUCGUAUUGAACAAGAAAAAGCUAACCUUCAACAACGUUUAGAACACUAUGAACGUACAAUUCAUUUACAAUUAGAAGAUUUUGAAAAGGAAAAGCUCAAGAUAUCUGCCGAGGUUGGUGAAUUAAAACAAAAGUUAACAAACUACGAACAAUUGGAAAAGGAACUUGAAGAAUUAAAAGAAAAAUUAGCAGUUGCCGAAAAAUCAAAUGAAUCAUCUGCCGCUUCAGCUUCAGAGGAACAAGAACAAAAGCAAAGAGAGCUUCAAGAUGAAGUUGUUCAACUUAAAGAUAAAUUAACCGCUAAAGAAUCAUUAUUUAAAGAAACUGAAGAUCAGUUAGAGGAAAAAUCAAUUCAAUUAGACGAAAAGACAGGUCAGCUAGAUGAAAAGAAUAACGAAAUUAAAUCAUUACAAGAUAAAUUAAAACAAUUCGAAGAGUCAUCAAAUAGCUCAGAAAACCAAGAAGUCACAUUAAAGUUACAAGAAAAAGAACAAGAAAUCUCUAAUUUAACUCAAGAGAUCAAAGUAUUUGAAGCUCAAAUUUUAGAACGUCAACAACAAUAUACCAACGAAAUCGAACAAUUAAAAUCAACUAUCGAAUCAUUAGAAUCCAAAUUAAAUGAAGCUCAACUAAACUCUCAAGAUGGUAACCAAGAAUUUGAAAGUAAAAUCAAACAAUUACAAGUAGAGUUAGAAGAAAAAGAUCAAAUUAUUAAAGAUAGAGAGGCUGAUAUAUUAGCUGCCAAAGAAGUCUCCUCAUUAUAUGAAAAUGAAAAGAAUCAAAUGGCAAAAGAAUUUGAAUCAGUUCAAAAUCAAGUACAGCAAUUACAGUCAUCAUCAGAAGAAUAUGAACAAUUAAAAGAGAAAUUCGAUAAACUUAAAAAUAAAAAGGAUACAUAUAAAGUAUUAUGCACUAACCAAAAAGUUCAAAUUGAACAAUUGGAAGAAAAACAAAAGAGUUCCAUUCAAGAGUCAUCCAAUUUAGGUGAACAACAACAAGAGAUCGAGGAACUUACAAAUCAAUUAGAAACCCUAAAAUCUAAAUUAAUUCAUGAAACUAAUGAAAACAACUCAAUUCAAGAUGAAAAUAGUCAAUUAAAGUCUCAAGUUGUUUCAUAUCAGUUAGAGUCCGAUUCUAAACAAAAGAUUAUCAUUGAAUAUCAAGAUUUAAUUUCUCAAUUAGAAAAAGAUUUAGAAUCUUCAAAAGAAGAGAAAGAAAAAUUACAUUCUGAAUUGACCGAAGCUCAAGAACAAUUAUCAAAUAAAAAAGGUAGUGAUGAUGAAUCAUCAGAUAGUGACAAUGAUGAAGUCGAAGAAUUUAAAGAAAAGAUUCAAUAUCAAAAAGAAAAAAUUAAAGCUCUUAAAGAAGAUUUAGAACAAAAGCAAGAUGAAUGGAUUGAUAUUAAAAUUAAAAUGGAGGAAACUAUUCAAUCUAAACACGACGAGAUAGAAAGAUUAACGUCACAACAAGGUUCAUCAGGUAAUGAAGCUGCUGAAGUUGAAAAAUUAGUAAAUGAAAAUAAUCAAUUAAAACAAGAGAUUGAAAGAUUAAAGGAAAGACAAGAAUCAAUGGUUCCAAUAACUGUACCAGUUCCAACUACUAAAGAUGAUAGUCACUUAUUCGAAGAGAUUGAAAAUCAUAAAAAGAAUAUUGAAAGAUAUGAAAAUUUAUAUGAAAAAGAACAAGAUAAAGUUAAAUCAUUAAAAGAACAAUUAGAGGAAUUAAAUCUCAAGAAUGAUGAAAUCUCACAAGAGUUACAAGAUUUAAGAGUCAACGUAGAGCAACAAAGACUUUCAGUUCCAGGUUCACCAAUGUCUGCUAGAAGUAUGAACAGCACUGCCACCGGUGUUGCAGAGGUCGAAGAUAUAAAGAAAGAAAUGGAAGAAAAUAAAAAUAUUGAGCAAUCAAUUUAUUGGUCUGAAUUAGAUUUCGAUAGAAAUAAUGUUCCACAUUGUGGUAACAACGUUUGGCAAAUGGUAGAUAGCAUUGGAGGUUUAGCAAACGCUAAAAAUCAAAGAAUGCUCACUAAAAUUGUUACUGCUUUAGAGAAAUCCUUCCUUAGAUCCGGUAAUGAUUGUAAAUUUAUCUCUUAUUGGUUCUCCACAGUCUCUUAUAUCUUGUAUAAGAUUAAUCAAGCUGGUUAUACUCAAGAAUCCUCUAAUCCAUUAAAAUCUGGUGUUGAAAUUUCUGUAAAUAAUUUUGUUACACCAGCUCCUGAAAUUGGUGGAUCUUUUAUUAGAGAUCUUCAAUCUUUAAAUUUAUCAAUUUAUAGCAAAUUAUUAUCAGUAACAGAAAUCAAAUUAGAAAAGGUUUUAAUUUCAUCAGUUUUCUUACCAGAUAGUAUUAUUUUAGAAGCUCAAAAAUCACCAAUUUCUAAAAAUUCAAGUUCACCAAAUUCAACUAAAAAUUCAUCAUCAGGUAAUUCAAUUAAUAAUUUAUUAUCAAUUUUAGAUGGUGUUAUUACUUUCCUUAAAGAGGGUAGAAUUUUUGAUUCAAUCUCAAGUCAAUUCUUGAAUCAAGUCUUUUACUUUAUGAAUGCUCAAAUUACAAAUUAUCUUUUAAGCAAUUCUAAAGUUUGUACUACCACCCAAGGUUUAGAAGUUAAGAUGGGUGUAUCCCGUUUAAAGGAAUGGUGCUCACAAACCCCAUAUAAAUCAGCAAGCCAGCAAUUAGAUUCUUCUCAUGAAGCCUCAAAUCUUUUAGUUAUCGAUAAAAAUGUUUUCGUUGAUAUAGAUGCAAUUAAAUCCAUUUUCCAAAAACUAAAUCUUCAUCAAAUUAAACAGUUAUUAGAAUCAUUUACCCCAGAUAAUUUAUCACCAGAUCCAUUACCAAUGGUAUUAAAGAAAGCUUUAGAAUCAAAUUGGAGACAAACUUUUGAUAUUAACUCUCUUCCACUUUUAAUAGAUUCAACAAAAAAAUUUAAAUAA